AUGGAGCACGAGACGCGGCUGCGACACCGGCGCCAGAUGGUGAACCUGAUCUACGCGGCCGAGGAGGGGUCUGACGCGGAGAGCGACGGCAAUGAGACUGCCGCGUCUGUCGACCUUAUCGCCAACCCGCUGGUGGCCGUGCUGGUAGCUGCCAUGCUACUACCCCACGAUUUUAUCUUCGGCAAGAGGGUAACGAAUCCGAAUCGACGAGGGCACCCAUCCCUGCAGACGUUGUUCGACAAGGCCGACUUGACCGUCCUGGUCGCCCUCCAUCUCACCGGCAACAACUGGGCCUGUCUGCAGGUCCAAGUUGACAAAAAGGAGGCCCAUUUGUUUGCCUCGAUAGCAUCAGACACCCACUCCGCCACAGUCCGACAACCUACCAAGAAGUUUGCCAAGACGUACGUGAAGCCUGGGUCUCAGCAGUGGUUUGACUAG